UUAGUCACAGUUCGGAUUUUGCCAGCAGCAGCACGGCAGCGAUAAUCGAAGAUUAUACGGAAUACGGAGAUAAUAUAAUAUUGAAAUACGGAAUUCGCGACGCGAGUGAGAGAGAGUGAAGAUGUCCCAGACCCUGGACGAUCUGCUGUUGCGCCAGGAGCACGCCCGUCAACUGCGUCAGGCCACGCGCUCCAAGUUCCGGCGGAUCAAUUCGCUGGAUCUGAUACCAGAGCAUCCCAGUCAGUCGGAGGAGGAGGAGGACAAGGAGGCGCAGACGCCACAUAAACAUUUCGUCACCCUAAGACGCCAGCGAACUGCGGAUGGCAGUCUACUGAGAAGUCAGUUCCAGACACAGACGCCUCCACAACCCAAUUUGGGCACUCGAGUCCUGCUCUUUGGCCCCCAGUUGCUGAUGAGACUGGUUCUGACCAUCCUGAGAUAUGUGCUCUAUAUACCACUCUCCAUAGCGGCACCCAGCUUUUGGCUGUCUGCCUUGCUCUGGAUCUUUUGGAAACUCCUGAGGGUGCCCAUUGCCCUGGUCAAGUGGUUGCUCAGUGGCGAGGAGGAACUGGGUACAGUGCAGCGGCAAAAGACCAUUCUCCUGAGCUGCGGCAGCACCAUACAAACGCUCCAUUUGGCUAGGAAUUUCUAUGGAUCAGGUGCUCGAGUGGUGGUCUUUGAGUUCGAGGGACUGUUUGGACUGGCCAGGUUCUCCACGGCGGUGGAUAAAUUCUAUGUGGUUCCACGCCCAACAUCCAGCAAUCCCGAUCAGUACAUUGCCGCCCUGUGUCACAUAGUGAAGAAGGAGCGACCCUCGGUGUAUAUACCCGUUUGUGCCACCAGUCCGGCUUACUAUGAUUCCCUGGCCCGCCCGCAUCUUGAGGUCCUGGGCUGUGCCAGCUUCAUUCCGGGCGUGCAGGAGACCCUUCAACUAGAUGACUGCCUGCAGCUCUUCCAGCGAUGCGAACAGCAACAGAUGGCUCUGCCCGCUCAUGUGGUCCUGACUGCUCCAAGGCAACUCCAGCAGAUAUACGAGAGUGGCUUUGUGGGCAGCUAUCGCAACAUACUGAUGGCCGCUGGAAUGCAGGGAGUUCUGGAGCGGCACAAGUACAUAUUGCCCAACAGGAGGGCGGAACUGAAGCUAAAUCAGCACGAGAUCAGCGAGAGACAACCCUGGUUGGUGGUGCGGGAUCAGCCGGGCUAUCAUCACUAUGUGACCUGCACCACCGUCAAGGAUUCGCGGGUGGUGGCCAAUGUAAGUUGUCGGGUGGAGCAUCACACCAAGAACCUGAUCCCAGUGCCCCGGGAUGAUGAAGCCCAGAUAGAGCUAUGGUUGCGCUCCUUUUUCGCCAAGGUGCGCUUCCAGAGGCCGAUCAAUGGACACAUUAGCUUCCGCCUGGUCAAGAGCCCAGCCCAUGGGGGUCAGUUCGUGCCCCUGGGCACACGACUGGGCGUGGCCCUGCCCUAUAUAUGCCACAAUAGGUCACAUGCCCAGCUUCUGUGCCGGGCGAUGAAGUGCAUCCACAGGCGCGGGCUGCCGGAGGACGAGCUGCCCAACUGGAGCUGGUCGGCGCUGGAGAGGAGCACCUCGACCACGGCGCUGGACAAGAGGGAGGCCCUCUUCGCCUACUGGGAUCCACUGCCCUAUUGCGCCUACUAUCAUUUCCAGCUGCCCCUCGAGAAUGUGAAGCUGUUUUUGCAGCGUAGGAAUCGCAGCACGACGACCAAAAGUUUAUCGCCCCGCAUCACGGUGCCGGUUCAUUGAACGGAGGAUCUGGAGCUGGAGCCACUGCAUCAGCAUCGCAGCAUCAGCAUCUCAGAUUUCAGCUUUCAGCAUCAGCAUCAGGCGUUCCGCCAGCGAGAGAGAUUACACAGACUGAUCAAUAAUGGAAUAUAUAGAAAUCUAUAUAGCAUAUAUUUUUGCAUUCUAUACUAUUUCUUUUUUUUUGUUUACGCCAAUGGGGUUCAACAUCCAUCUAAGAAGAUUAGGCACGUUAAAAAAAACAUGUACCGCACACACACACACACACACACACACACCAUAUGCACAUGCACUAUACUAUACCAUACUAUACUGUAUAAUAAAUAAUAUUUAUAUUUUAA